AUGGCGCAAGGUGGACAUGACAUCUCAUGGCUAAACUACGGGAUGAAUCCGUCUCUCGCCCACGUGUCCCACCCGCCGCUGUCUCAUGCUUUCUCUCAACCCCCCCAUCUGCACCCGACGGCACCGCCUCCUGGGAUCGCCGUCGACGCCGCUGGGUAUCCCGCUUCCUUGGACCGCCACUAUCUUCGCCAUCCCCCCAAUCUGGCUGUCCACGUCAAGACUGGGCAGCAGAAGAUCCACACUCUGUUCGUCUCUGGGCUGCCGGACGACGUGAAGCCCCGGGAGAUUCAUAACCUUUUCCGUCGCCGCCCCGGAUUCGAGUCAUGCCAACUCAAGUACACCGGCCGCGGCGACCAGGUUGGGGGGGGUCUUUUCAUCUCUGUCUCUCUUCUUCAUUUCUCUUUUUCAAGAAGCCCGUCCGUUGAACCUGAUUGCGCAUUAGGGCAUUGUCCCAGUGUGGCACUCCAGGGUUCUACGCAAGCCCGGAGUCUAGGGAUCCACGUAUACUCUGGUUUCAUCGCCGUUGGAAAUGAAGAGAUAUAUCCGUGGGUCUUUUCUCCAAUCGAUUGUUCAACUAAGGACGUUCAGCGGCACGAUAACUACUGUGCAGCGCUGUUGAUUUAUUUUUUUCCGCUAAUUUUUGUUGUUCUUGCUGUGGCUCAUUUCACGUCCUUGUAUCUGGGGCAGGUUGUCGCUUUUGUCACAUUUUUCAACCAUCAGACUGCAAUGGCAGCAAUGACCACGUUAAAUGUAAGACAAGACUUCUGGACCUUGCGCACUCAGCUACCCAAGUUAACACGGAUUACUUUGAUCAUACGACUGCAUAGUAUGUUGAAUUAUUCCCUUGGUUGAUACUAACUACUGGCGAUAGUCCUUUCCAGGGAGAAAUAUUUGAUCCACAGUCGGGAACUAGGCUACAUAUUGAACUGGCAAGAUCAAAUUCGCGGACCAAACACGCUAAUGGUACGGAAGUAUUGAUAUUUGUGAAUAUAUAUCAAUAUGCAUACAUAUUGUAUCCAGGGGCUAAAUCAAUAUGGAAGUCAGUUCCGUACUUUUGCAAAUGUAAAUUCGUGUGUGAUCCACAAUUCAAAUUGUUCCUCAGGGGGUGGAGCAUAUACGGUAACAGACAGAAGAGUCAGGGUUUUGAAUGGCGAUCAUGAGACUUCAAGCAAUGAUGGUGAUUAACUUUCUGACAUUAAUCGUCUUCAUCCCUGUAUAGCUACAUGCAUUCGUUUUCUUCGUAAAUUUUCUCGUUGAGUGGCACAUUUUAAUUUAUUUUUUAUCUGGGCUUCGGCUCUUGUGUGCCUUGUGGUCCACUUUGCAACAUUUAUGGCUCACUUGUGCAUGCUUUGGCAAAUUUUAUUUCACAUACAGGAGACAGUGGAUCUGACGAACUGUUGGCUACCAACAGUGAUAAUUCUGGUAACAGGGGUGGUUUUCCUGCCUUGCCAAGGUUCAGAUGAAUUUCAGAGUACACUUGUUAAAUUCCAUAUUUUUAGGUAUUAUCGCAUUAGAUUGGACGCUUAGAAAACCGCAUCCGUGUUGAUCAUUAUUUUUGGUAUCCUGUAAUGUUGAUAUAACCUUUGUUGCUUUUUGUGUUUCAGCAGUGAUGACACUGACCACGCUGAUAAGACGCCCUCUGCAACUAAAGUGAGUACUUGUUUACUUCUUUUUCACUAAUGUGUUGUCGAAUAAACAAUCUAAAUUUUUAAUCAGCGCAUUUAGUCCACUUUUUUUGCUUUUUUCGUAAACCCGGUCUUGGAAUUGUGUUAGAGUUGACAGUUAACAUGAAAAAAGGAGUCUCAAUGCCAAACGGAAGUAUAUACUACUUCUACAGAACCGGUACAUUAUUAAAAGGUGAAACCUAUGCAUGCAAUAAACGGAAAAACAUCCGUUAUCACCUUGAUUUUCAUGUGUUAUACAUUUGAAAAAGGUGUGUUUGAUGGGUAGGUUUGGAACCGUUAUAUCUAGUAAUUUGCUCAUGUUACGUGGACUUUGUGUGAUUGGUCACAAAUAUGACCUUGCAUGCUCUUAUAGGUAAGGCUUUUCAUAUGCUCUUAAUAUUGUUAAGGCUUAUGAUUUUGAUUAUAGAUAAACCACCUGGUACGUGGAGGAAUGCCAGAAACAUUGUACAUGUUUUGAUCUUUUAGGCAAUUAAGUUAGUUGAUUUGCUGACCAAUUGUUUUAUCAGCACUCUCAGAACUCAUUGACGAGGGAUUCCCAUUAUCCAAGAAACAAAUAAAAAGCAUCCAUAGUUAAUGUACGCCCAGAUCAUUCUUCCCCAGCAUGGAUUCUUGUCAAGCCUUUCAUGAUGGAUGCACUUGUCAAUGUAGAUGCAUUUGGAUUCUUUUUACGGGGUGUGGGUCGACAUGUACUUACUGGUUCAAUAGGCACCCACAUUGGCACCAUAUGACUGAGCCUUUGGGGGACAAGCCCAAUCAGUGUAAGCCUGGAUCAAUAAACCUGGGUCUUGUGUUUCAUGAGAGUUGUCUUGAAAUGGUUAUUGCCGGGAGAUCAGGAUCCACUGGUAAUCUUCAUUAAUAGAUUUAUUUAUUUAUAGUGGUUGGUAAUUCCCUCUCCUCAGGGAUGUUGGUGUCUGUUUCCGUAUUAUAAUUUGUCUGGUAUUUGGUGUAAUCACGUUUGAUAUAUUUAUGCCGUUUUCCUUUGUCAGUUAAGAUAACAUGCAUUAUAUUUAUGCCUCUCUCUCUCUCUCUCUCUCUCUCUAGAGGAGACACUAUAAUCUUUUCUCAACGGAGUUUCAUGAUAGAGAAUUAAAAGGGUCUCAUAUGCAGCAUGGAUAGAAGGUCUUCAAGAUAUCCCUAAAAAUAUAUGAAAUUCCUUUAAUGUCUUUAAUGUGAAACUCCUUAUUUUUUUUACACAAGUUUUUUUUUCUUUCUCUGUGAUCUAAAUGCAUGUCCAAUCUGGAAUCAUGCUGCCUGGUGCAGGAGCGUUUGGAAGAACAUUCAACUGGAGAAAUCCUACCUUGCUCUACAUUAUUUGUUGCUAAUUUAGAUUCAACCUGCACUGAAGAGGAAUUGAAACAAUUUUUUUCUCAGUAAGUUUGCUCCAAUGGCCUUGGAUCAGUAACACCUCUUGCAUCAAUGAUCUGGGUAAAGUUAUUCCUUGGUUUUCCAUUUUUUUCCUUGACAGAUAUUCUGGUUUCCAAACACUUAAAAUGCGAGGAAGAGGCAGCAUGCCGGUUGCUUUUGCUGAUUUUACGGUACAGUUCAUAUGGUGUACUUUUUUUUUAGUACUCUCUUAGUCGAUUGCUAUCUAAUCUGAAUAACGUGAGAUAAUCAUAGCUUUGUGCCUGUUUGUUUCUGCCAUUGGACCCCCUCUAAUUUCAUGUGCUAUUGAUCUGAACUUAGAACUUUGCCAUUUUAUGAAUAUGAUUCUUCUCAUCUGCCGAUUCAUUUGAUUUCUUAGGACGUUGAAAGCUCUACCAAAGCCAUGGAGCAGCUUAAGGGCACCCCCCUGGCUUCUUCUGUCCACGGCGGCAUGCACCUGGAGUAUCCUACUCUCCCCGUCCCCGGUCCUCUUCCUUGUCCAGCUUCUCAGUGCAACUGUGGAAUGAUAAGCUGCUUCUUUGCUGGACUUUUUCAGGUAUGCAAGAUCGAAGAUGAGGAAAGGCUAA